AUGGCCAAGCAGCCGCCGCCCACCUCCACCUCCAGGUCCACCUCCACCUCCGCCCCCGACAACCCGCUACCCACCACCACGGGGGGCCUCCGGGGCUCGCUCUCCUCCUCCGCGCGCUCCCUCCUCGCCGCGGCGCGCCGCUCCCCGGUCACCACGCUGGUGGCCGCCUUCUUCCUCCUCGCGCUCUUCAUGUACGGCGAGGACGUGCGCACCAUCGCCGAGCUCUCCAUCGACGACUACCUCUACCCGGACGCCGACUUCUACAACGUCUCGGGCCUGCCGCCGCUCGCGCUGCCGCCGCCCGCCUGCGACCUCGGCCGCGGCCGCUGGGUCUUCGACAACGUCUCCCUCCCGGCGUACCGCGAGAAGGACUGCACCUUCCUCACCAAGCAGGUCACCUGCCUCGCCAACGGCCGCCCCGACGAUCUGUGGCAGUACUGGAAAUGGCAGCCCGACGACUGCUCCCUCCCCACGUACGUCUCCUCCCUCCACUCCAGAUCUGCACCAGUUACCUCAUUGCGAGCUUGCAGUCGCAUCUUCCUUUCCUCGCCUGAUUGUGCUAUUAAAGGUUGCGUGCGUCUUUGUUGCCCUCCAAUCCAAUCGAUUCGACUGAAUGCGUCCAAUCCGAGCAGGUUCGACGCUCGGAGAUUCAUGGAGGCGAUGCGCGGGAAGCGGCUCAUGUUCGUGGGGGAUUCGCUCAACCGCAACCAGUGGGAGUCGCUGGUGUGCCUGGUGCAGCCCAUUCUGUCCAAGGGCAGGAAGAAGGCCGUCAAGCGGGGCUCCCUCACCGUCUUCCACGCCAAGGAGUACCGCGCCACCCUCGAGUUCUACUGGGCGCCCUUCCUCGUCGAGUCCAACUCCGAUAACCCCAAGAUCCACAGCAUCGAGCACCGGAUCAUCAGGCCCGAGCGGAUCGAGGGGCACGCCAGGUACUGGAGGGGCGUCGACUACCUCAUCUUCAACACCUACAUCUGGUGGAUGAACACCGCCGACAUGAAAGUCAGGAGACCAAAUUCGAGGUAUUGGUCUGAGCAUGACGAGGUUCCCAGGAUUGAGGCGUAUGGUCGGGUGUUCAAGACGUGGUCUGAUUGGCUCAAUGACAACAUUGAUCCUGCCCGUACGUCUGUGUUCUUCAUGACAAUUUCUCCACUUCACAUCAGCCCACAUAACUGGGGAAACCCGGACGGGAUCAGAUGUGUAAAGGAGACGCUUCCGUAUCAGAACUACAGCCAGCCCCUGGACCUGUACCAUGACAUGCGAACGUAUGACCUGGUGGUAAAGGUGGCCAGCUCCAUGGAGAAGGUUCCAGUGACAGUGAUCAACAUCACGAAGAUGUCAGAUUACCGGAAGGAUGCCCACACGUCGCUGUACUCCAUCCGGCAAGGGAAGCUGCUGACGCCGAAGCAGAAGGCGGACCCAGAGAAGUUCGCGGACUGCAUCCACUGGUGCCUUCCGGGCGUGCCGGACGUGUGGAACCAAAUACUCUACACGAAGAUUCUUUCGAAACCAUCUUGGCAGUCUAGUUUUAGCCCCCCUCCAUCCCAGUCUGUGCCUCUUCCUCCCCAGUGA